UCCCUCUUCCCCCCCCCCUCUCCCCUCCCCCCUCCCCCGCCGCCAUGGGGGCCGCCGUCUUCUUCGGUUGUGCCGGGAUCGCCUUCGGCCCCGCGCUCGCCCUCGUGUUGCUGACGGUGGCUGCGGAACCGCUGCGGGUCAUUAUCCUGGUGGCGGGAGCGUUUUUCUGGCUGGUGUCACUGCUCCUGGCCUCUCUCAUCUGGUUCAUUUCGGUCCAUCUCAGCGACCAGGGCAAUGCCAGACUUCAGUACGGCCUCCUCGUCUUUGGGGCCGCUGUCUCUGUCCUGCUGCAGGAGGCUUUCAGAUUUGCCUACUUCAAGCUGCUCAAGAAAGCAGAUGAAGGCCUGGCGACAAUCAGCGAGGACGGCCGGUCGCCCAUCUCUCUCAAGCAGAUGGCAUACGUGUCAGGUCUGUCCUUUGGCAUCAUCAGUGGUGUGUUCUCAGUCAUUAAUAUCCUGGCAGACUCCAUCGGGCCGGGCAUCGUUGGGAUCCAUGGGGACUCACCGUAUUACUUCAUCACCUCGGCAUUCCUUACCAUGGCUGUUGUUUUGCUCCAUACCUUCUGGGGAGUGAUUUUCUUCGACGCUUGUGAAAAACGCCGCUAUUGGUGCUUGGGGCUGGUUGUCAUCAGUCACCUCGUUACAUCGGGGCUGACAUUCCUGAACCCCUGGUACGUGGCCAGCCUGGUCCCCAUUUACAUCAUCACCUUCUGUAUGGGCAUCUGGGCCUUCUUCACAGCUGGAGGCUCCUUCCACAACAUCCUCAAGUGCCUCUCCUGCAAGCAGGAGGAUGACAGCAGAGUGAUGAUGUACUCAGCACUGCAGGUGCCUUUUGAGGACUAAGCAGCGACGGCAGCCCUGCCCGCCUGCACUGCCUCGAUACCCAAGUGCCCUGUUUUUGGCAGCUGGGAGAUCUCAGUACUGCCUUCACUUAUGCUGAGGCUGCGAGGCUCCAAGCGGUGCCAGGGCAGCCUGGGGAAGGUUUGUUCCUCUGGAGCUCCCGGACAGCCCUGCUGGGUUCAGCUCAGCCCCAGUGCAGCCCCACUGAACAACUCUCUCGCCCACCCUGACCUGGAGCUGUGGCACAAAUUCUCCUCCAAAUCCCAUCCCUUCCCUGCCGCCCACUCUGGGCACCUUUUGGGGCAGUUUCUGCCUGGUGCCAUGCUGUAGCCUCGUGGGUACCUCUGGCCAUAGUGCUCCCGUUAGCUUCGUUAAUGACUUUUCAUUAGUCUUUUCUUACAGGGUCUCUCUGCAGGGUGAGUGCUGGGAGAAGAUCCAGGUGCCCCUGGGGCUGCUGUGGUGCCCCCCCAGGCAUGGGAGAGGACCCCCCUCCCUCACCUUCCCCAGUGAGGGGCUCUGGGCUGUGGCUCUGGGACCACCCCCCUCCCCAGUGUUCAAUCCCAUGCUGCCAUUCCCCUUUUGUUUUUGGGAUGAUCGUUGUUGUUUUGGGGGCAUGGAGCCGCCCCAUAAUCAGCAAGGGGUGGGGGGCUGCUCUGCCCUCCCCAGCUUGCUGCUCUCCCAUUCUGUUUUAUUGUUUUUUUCCAAGUGUCUGGGAGCUGCUGUGUGAUCGGGGGAGGGAACGAGUCUUAAAUUAUUUUUUUGAUUCAGAGUAAAACCCUUUUAAUAGUGA